AUGCCCAAAGCCAUCCCAAAGAGCAACAAUGGUCGCCGGACCGAUGGCCGAAAGCGGCAAUUGGACACGGAAGAAGUGUCAUCGUCGCCAUCGCGCCCAGUUCGUCCCCGCAUCGUCGUCCAACACCGUCCUCCGGAAGUCGGCAGCCAGCGCAGGGCAUCACCAUCGCAACGUUCCUCGGUCGUAUCCUCUACGACGUCCCCACGGGAACCAUCGCCCGGCGCUGGAGCUACCUCGAACUUCCUGCUCGAGGCGUUAAGGCGCAUCCGCGAGCUGCAGGACGAGCUGGACUUCCUGCAGAAUGACCCGUACGCCGAGGACACGGACGACGAGGAGGACGACAACGACGACUACGGGCAGGAAGCGGAGCAAGGCACGAUCGGCGGUCAGCAGGCGGAAGCGAUCGGGUGGGCCGUGUGUGCCCAGGAAACCAUGCACUUUUUGCAGCGUGAAGGUAUCCCGGCCGACAGUCCGCUGGUGGUGAAUCUUCGUCGGCGGCUCAUCGGUAACCAUGGCGAUGGGUCCGGUCUGCCCGACGAGGGAUUAUCCUGCUGA